AUGCUGCUGCUUCACUAUAGGCACGAAGCCUCUUUUUCAGAGCUAGAUAAUUUGGUAUCAAAUGGAAAAAUGAAGAUUCUCCUGGUCUUUCUAGGUCUGCUUGGUAACUCUGUUGCUAUGCCAAUGCAAAUGCCCCAAAUGGCUGACUUUAGCAGUAAAAGUGAAGAGAUGAUGUGGUAUGGUCAAUUCAACUUUAUGAACUCCCCACAUAUGUCACAGCUGGGCCCCACGUAUGGAAAUGGCCUGCAACUCCCUCAGCACUUCCCACGGUACCAGAUGCCCAUGUGGCCUCAGCCACCACCCAAUACGUGGCACCCACAGAAACCAUCAUUUCCCUCAGGACCCAAACUCCAGAGCAAGACUGAAGCUCAAGGGACUCAGAAACCCAACCAGCCGCAACCUAAAAAGCCACCACCAAAGCGGCCCUUAAAGCAACCUCCUCAGCCCAAGAAGGAACCCCAGCCACCUCAGGCAUUCCCACUAUUUGUUGUUCUCCUAUUUCCCUAUCAACAACCACCAUAGCAAGUCCCACAGAGGGUACCACCAGGCUAUGGACGCCCACCAAUCAGUAAUGAAGAAGAAGGGAAUCCUUACUUUGGCUAUUUUGGAUAUCAUGGAUGGGGUCAUCCUCCUUAUUUUGCAGAUGAGAUGUUUGAACAAGAUUUUGAAAAACCCAAAGAAAAAGAUCCCCCUAAAGCAGAGAGUCCAGCUACAGAACCCACAGCUAAUUCAACUGUUCCUGAGACUAAUUCAACCCGACCAAAUGUGCACAGCCCUGCAGGGCGUCAGGGCAGAAACACCGCCCCAGCAGGAAACAGUCAUGGUACAAACCCUGGGAGUAAUCCAACAGUUCAAGAUGGGGUCAUUUCACCACCUACCAUUAAUAUCUCAAACCAGGGAGUACAAGGAAAUCAAAUCCCAUGGGGACCAAGUCAGCCAAACAGUCAUGAAAAUUAUCCAAUUCCUAGAGUCCAAGGUUUUCCUACAGGAAGACAAUGGCAUCCCACUGGUACCACCAUGGGUCAUGGACAAAAUGGGCCUUUUUACCGACAUCAACAAGUUCAAAGGGGUCCUCAGUGGAGCUCCUUUACCUUGGAAGGCAAACUAGCAGCUCGUCCAGGAAAUCCAGCUUAUCUCAAAGCUUACCCUUCCACUUCAAGAGUUAAUUCUCCCUUUCAUGCAGGAAAUCCAGCAAAUUUCAGAAGAAAGCUUCAAGGGCCAAAUAAACACCCUGUGGGAGCCAACGUUGCCCCAAUGGGCACCAAACAUGGUACUACGGUUGGCCGCAAUGAAAAAAUCCAAAAUCCAAGAAAGAAGCCACCAGGUCAAAAAGAAAGAAUAGUUGUUCCUCCAAGAGAUCCAACUGGCCCCUGGAGAAAAUCUCAAGAUUAUGGACUUAAUAAAUUAAAUUAUAAACUGCCUCAUUCUGAGGGCAACAUUCAAGUUCCAAGUUUUAAUUCCAUUGAUCAAUGUGAAAACUCCCAUUACCCAAGAGGAGAUUCCAGGAGAGUCCCAAAUUCUGAUGAACAAACCCAAAGCCAACAUUUGCCCAAAGGGUUUGUUUUAAAACCAAGAAGAAUCCCAUAUGAAUCAGAAACUAAUCAGCCAGAAUCAAAGCACAGUAUAUAUUAUCCUAUAUACCCUGAGGAAAUCCCUUCCUCUGCAAGAGAACAUUUUCCUGGCGGAAGAAAUCAUUGGAACCACCAAGAAAUCUCUGCACCCCUUGGGGAAGAUCCUAGAAGGCAAGAAGGACCUUUGCCUCAUCCUUCCCACAGCUCUAGAGGAAGUGUUUUCUACUCUGAAUAUAAUCCCUAUGAUCCCAGGGAAAACUCACCAUACCUUAGGAGCCAUACCUGGGAUGAGAAAGGUGAUUCUCCCAGUACCAUGAGGCAACCAGAAAAUCCACUGAAUCCCAUGAAUACUCCAUACCAGAAAGAGACAGUCCCUUAUAAUGAAGAGGGCCCAAUUCAUCCAACUGGAGAUGAAUCUUUCCUAGGACCAGUUAGAUGGGGUGAGGAAGAGUCUAGCUUUAAAGGAACUCCAACAGUUAGGCACUAUGAAAGCCAACGAUAUGCCUCGAAUCAGCCAAGAGAAUAUCUUCCCUAUUCUUUUGCUAAUCCCUCAAAACCCAGCGAGGAUUUUCCACAUGGUGAAUUUUACCCCUGGGGCCCAGAUGAGAAUUUGCCAUCAUAUGAUACAGCUCCUACUGUACCACCACCUGUGGAGAGUAGGGGCUAUUAUGUUAAUAACACUGCUGGACAGGAAGAAAGCAUUCCAUUUCCUUCUUGGAACUCCUGGGACCACAGGACUCAAGCUCAUGAACCAAAAGAAAGGGGGCCAUAUUUUAACAGAAAUUUCUGGGAUCAGGCAAAGAAUUUACACAAAGCUGUAGGUAGCCCACCAGAGCAUAAAGAGAACCAGCCCUAUUCCGGAAACUCCCCAUCUGGCCUUCAGAAAAUUCCAACAUGGCAUGAAGGUGAGAAUUUAAACGAUGGCAUGCAAAUUACUAGGUUAAAUUCACUAGAGGGAGAACAUUUGCUUUUCCCAGACUUAACUCCUCAAAGUUACCCAACUGAUGAAAAAGAAGCAAAUGUAUUUCACCUAAGCCAAAGAGGGCCCUGCUGUGCUGGUGGCUCCACAGGACCCAAAGACAAUCCACUUGCUCUGCAAGACUACACUGCAUCCUUUGGUCUUGCACCAGGGGACAACCAAGACACCAGCCCUCUGUAUACAGGAGGUAGUCAUACUAAGCAUGCAAGACAUAUAAUCUCCCCUACAAGCAUCCGACCUGGCCAAAGAAACAGCUCAGAGAAGAGGCUGCCUGUGGAAAGCCAAAAUACGAGUCCUUUUAGAGAUGAUGUAUCCACUCUAAGGAGGAACACACCACAUUCUAUUAAGAAUCAACUGGGUCAAAGGGGAAUGAUGUCGUUUCCUGAAACCAGCUUCCUUCAGUCAAUGAAUGCACCAUGUCUCAAAAGUGAUCUGGGUGGAGAAAACAUUAUGGAACCAAUGGUUGAAGGCAAUCAACCCAGUGAAAGAACUGUUGUCCUGACCCCUGAGCAGCUUGUUACAGGUAUCCCUGAGGAAGACCCCAAACCAAAAGCAACCCAAAGUGAAGUUCAAGGAAACGAGGGUGAGAGGCAGCAACAAAAGCCAUCUAGCAUCCUACAUUUACCAUGCUUUGGCUCCAAAUUAGCAAAGCAUCACUUUUCUGGCACAGGAACUUCAUCUAGCAAUUCAAAGCAAGGCCCGUUUGAUGGGGAUCCAAUUAUGCCUACUGAAAAUCCUAACAUAUUGGUUGAGUUACCUACUGAGGCACAGUUUAUGAGUGUGAAUGUAAACACACUUAAUGCAGGUGAACACACUCCAUAUGAAUCCUUUAAAGAAGGAACCAAUCCACAGGACCAGGUACAAGACUGUGUGUUACUUCAGGCUUAG